AUGGUGAUUUUUCAGUCGGAUAGACCGCGUAUCAACAUCCCCACGGAUAUCACAAUCUGGAAAUGGCUGUUUGACUCGCGCUACUCUCCCCUAAACUCCAACAGCCCCGACAACCUCGGUGCCUUUGUCAAUGCCGCCACAAAGGAGAGCAUUCGGUAUGACGCCCUCAGAGAAUACACGACGUAUGCUUCCACUGCCCUGGUGCGUGACUACGGCCUCCAACCGGGGGAUACCGUUGCCCUCUUCAGUCCGAACACGAUCUGGUAUCCAGUUGCGAUGCUAGCCACUGUGCGUGCUGGGGGUAUAAUAUCAGGUGCUUCACCAGCAUACAACAUCGAAGAAAUGACAUAUGCCCUGAAAACCGGCAAGGCAAAAUUCCUCAUGACCGUCCCUUCCGGGAUGGACGUUGCGAUCCCCGCUGCUCGGGAAGCUGGGAUUCCUCCCGAGCGGAUCUUUCUCCUGGAAGGUCAAAGGGGCGAGUAUCUAUCCGUUCAGGAUCUUGUCAGGAAGGGGAGAAGCUAUGGACUCGCUGGGCAGAUAACUCCUUUUGAGCUUCCGAAGGAUAAGACAAAUCGGGAUGUGUGUGGGUUUUUAAGCUUUAGCUCAGGGACCACGGGGCUGCCGAAAGCUGUGAUGAUCGCCCAUCACAACGUCAUAGCACAAUGCAUGCAAGUCGACCAACUUCUGCGGAAAGAUGUGACGAAAUCCCUGGCUGUAUUGCCUUUAUUUCAUAUCACUGGCCUCGUUCACCAAAUGCACCUCCCUAUAAUCCGCAAUAGCACUGUCUACAUGCUCCCCUCCUUCACUAUGGAAUCCAUGCUGUCCACCAUAGUCGAAUACCAAAUCACCGAAAUCCUCUCCGUACCCCCCAUUAUCAUCCGUCUUCUGACCGACCCAAUCGUGUCCAACUACGACCUUUCGCACGUGAAGACCUUUUCCUCCGGCGCAGCCCCCAUUUCAGGUGAAAUCCUCCAGAAACUGAAGGCUCGUUUCCCCUGGACAGGCUUCAAACAGGGUUAUGGGAUGACGGAGUCAUGCAGCUGUAUCACGGCUCAUCCGCCUGAGAAACAGACGUACGAGUAUGCGCAACGGGCCGGGAUAAUCGUGGCCAAUACCGAGGUGAAGAUUCUGGACCCUCAAACUGGGAAGGAAAUGGGGCUUGGUGAAGAGGACGGGUGGUUGCAUACUGGGGAUGUGGGGUUUAUGGAUCCGGAGGGCUUCCUCGUGAUCACCGAUCGCAUCAAGGAGAUGAUCAAAGUAAAGGGGAUUGGGGUUUCGCCGGCGGAGUUGGAGGACUUGUUGCUUGGGCAUCCUGACGUGGACGAUGCGGCAGUCACGUCGGUGGCAGAUGAUUAUUCGGGUGAGAAGCCGAAGGCCUAUGUCGUGGUCAAGGCUGCGGCGAAGUCUAGGCUGGUCACGGAAGAUGGCGUGAAGGCUGUUGGGAAGGAGUUGAUUGAGUAUGUCAGGGCGAAGAAAGUGCGCCAUAAAUGGAUUGUCGAGGUGGAGUUUAUGGAUGAGAUUCCGAAGAGCGCGAGUGGGAAGAUCCUACGGCGAGUGCUGAGAGAUCGGGAGAGGAAAGGAGAAAGUGGGGAGAAGAGGCUGGUCGUUCGGGAUGAGAAGGUGCAGGCGAAGUUAUAA